UUUCGGAGGCCGGCGCUGGGAACAAAGAGACCAUAUGGAAACUUCUUGCCCUCUAGUGUUCGCUUUUUCUUCCUUGCACGCGGAGACGGACUGAAUCGAUCAAUUGAUGCCCUUGUCGAUUCUCUGUCCUGGUCUCUUGCUCUUCUUUGCGCAAGAUGGCGGAACCGAUAUUUCCGGCGACUUGGGAAAUUCCUACGGAUUACACUUUCCGGAAGUACCGAGUCGGUCUCAAGGGCAGUGAUUUCAAGGUAUUCGACGCAUAUGGUAACCUGCUUUACCUAAUCCAGUGCCGAUCCUUCAGCAUGUCUCCUCGACGAGUUGUCACUCUCCUUGAUGCCGCCGAUAGCCCCCUUAUUACGGCUGCUCAUCUUGAUGAGGGAUGGCAAGGCUUCAAAGGAUAUAGCUGGGAACCCAAUGAUUUGCUGUUCACAGUGCAGAAAUUAGCCUACUCUACAUUUAAAACAGAAUUAGAAGUAUUAGUGUCAUCUGAGAAUCUGAGAAAUGAGAAACAGAAAUUUAUUUUGAAAGGAAGCCCGUUCCAACGGUCAUGCACAAUAUACAUGGGAGAUUCGAUUGUUGCUCAGGCAAAUCCCUUGUACAAACUUAAGAAAUUUAUCUAUUCAAGAAAUAAGUUUCGGCUUACUUUGUAUCCUGGAAAUGAUCAUCCUCUUGCGCUUGCUAUGCUUGUAACUUUUUUUGGCGGAAACUGACAUCCAACCAAUUAAAGUGACCAAUUUGCAUGUGCUUUGAGUAAUCUCGUCAUUGUAAGUUUCUGCUAUAGCUAAUGGCAUCAGGUUGUUCUUUAUCUUUAGAUUUUUCUUCUUAAGUUUCUAAUAUGUAUUCAUCAUCAAGUAGAAAUUAAAUCUUGGAGAUAAAAAUAGCUGAGA